AUGUUGAGACUAGGAAUCAAUCUACAGAACCGUCUUUUGGUUGGACUAAAUGGACAAUCUCUUUUGAAAAGAGCCGUUACACGCAAUGCCGUUGCCAUCAGAAUGAAUAGCACUAAUGCUGGUAAGACAGCUUCUCAUGAAAUGACAUGGCCAGAAUUCUUCAAGCUACGUAAAAAAGAACGUGUUUUCAACACGGCUUCUUCGGUUGCGACAGCCAUAGUAUUCGUUAACGGUUCGUGGUUUUACUUCUCCACUUUGGAAAUCGAUCCAACUCAAACAAUCUUUGGAUUCGAUCCACUAAUGGCAAUUACUGCUGGUAUGAUCACAUGUGCUGCUGUUGGUUGGUUAUUGGGACCAAUUGUGGGUACUGCAUUGUUUAAGGCCACUUCCGGUCCCAAAUUAUUACAGUUUCAAGAGAAGCAACUUUCAUUUUUGGCCAAAAUCCAAAAGAACAGAGUCAAUCCUCAAUCACAAUCUUUCAGUAACCCUGUGCCGGAUUACUACGGUGAAAAGAUUAAUUCGAUACCACAGUACAGACAAUGGCUAAGAGAUUGUCAUUCUUACAAAAGAAAGGCUAGUGAGUUCUUGUGA